AUGGUCCUGACACUUUCUCCAGCCUGUUGCCCGGCCCUUAAGAUCGGUCUGAUAGGACCUUGGUCCUGUGACUCCUACUUCUCCAAUGCCCUGCCUGAAGUUGCCGCUCAACUAGCGAUGGAGAGGAUCAGGAAGGAUCCUUCCCUCGCCGCGGUCCAUCCGCUGGAUUAUGUAUUGUUUGAGGAAGAUCUCCAGACUUGGAAAGCAAUGGCUAGGUUCGUUGACUCCCCCAAGAAUCAGUCAGCAUUCAUAGGACCGCUGAAUCCUAGCUAUUGUGAGGUUGCCUCGUUGCUAGCUCAAGUUUGGAACCAACCCAUGUUAUCUUGGACCUGUCUAAACGAUGACCUGGAGAAGCCAAUUCACCAACCGUGGUUUAUCAGAACUUUGCCUUCACCGGUUACUGUCCUCCUCAACAUCUUGAGAUAUUUUAACUGGGCUCAUGUCGGCAUCAUCUCUUCCAAGGGGGACUUUUGGAUGGACACAGCCCAGAAGCUGGCUAGCAUUCUCAAAAGCCACGGGCUACCUGUGGUUCUUGUUACCUCCACCGGGAUAGAAACAGAAAAAGUAGAAGAGGCUUGGACCAAGAUAGAAGCUUCUGGAAACAUCAAAGUCCUCCUCCUCUGCAUGGCGUCUGCUCUCAUCGGAGGGGAAGUCCAAGCAACCUUUCUAAGCAAAGCCCAGGAACUCGGACUGGCUGACGGCCGAUACGUCUUUUUGCCCUACGAUACUCUCUUCUACAGCCUCCCUUACGGAAACCAUUCCUAUUUCCUUCUGGAAAACGCUGGAGCCUUCCGGAAGGCUUACGACGCGGUGCUGACGAUCACCUUACAGUCUGGAGAAUGGACUUUCUACGAAGCUUUCCAUAAGGCCCAAGAAAAAGGCGAAAUAAAAGCGGAUUUGGAACCAGAACAGGUCACUCCACUUUUUGGGACAAUCUACGAUGCCAUUUACCUGCUCACAAAAGUCCUAGCCAAAGUAGCCCGGCCUCAAACUUCCGAACCUUUGGGAGCAACUUUGAGUCAUCAUGUCAGAAAUUUGGACUUUGCCGGCUUCAGCCACAGGAUUCAAGUCGACAGCAGAGGAAGGCCGCUGGGCAGAUACAUGAUUCUGGACACGGAUGGGAAAGGAAGUCACCUGUACCCGACUUACCUGCUGGAGGCAUCUUCGGGCGUGAUGCAGCCCCUGGGGAGGACAAUCCAUUUCCCUGGGGGGAGAUCGCCCCCAGUGGAUUCGGCCUGCUGGUUUGAACCCCACGUCCCCUGCGAAAGAGAGGACGCCUAUCCAGGGUUGCUGAUCGUGAUUCUACUACUGUCACCACCCAUCUUUUUGCUUCUCUUUGGCUUGUACCUGACGUACCUCAUCAGGUCAGCAUUUGUCAACGCCGUUGUAACUUUGAAUGAUCCAUCUUCACAAUGGCACAGUCUCGACCAGAGAAACAGUCACCCCAAAUUCGUGAAAGGAUCGCAGAGGCUGUUUCUGACUUUAGACGAUCUAACUUUCGUGAACACCAAAAUCAGUAGAAUGUGGUUAACUCUGGACAAUCUCAGUGAAUCGAGAAGCUGCUCCGAAGUGCACAGCUUGAGAUCCGUGACUCACUCGUUGUCGGUGAAAAGCACAACUCUAACCUACGAAACCUCGAAUGUGGCUGUGUAUGAGGGUGACUGGGUAUGGCUGAAAAAACUCGAGACCGCAGUGACCGCUGAUUGGAAACAACGUGCAACCCCUGUGCUUACUAAGGUGAGGGAGUUACGCCAUGAAAAUGUGAAUCGGUUCCUAGGUCUUUUAUCCGACACGGGAGUUUCUGCACUUGUGAUGGGCUUCUGCUCCAGGGGAAGUCUCCAGGACUUGCUACAAAACAUGGACAUAAAGCUGGACUGGAUGUUUAAAUCAUCCCUUUUGCUGGAUUUAGUUAAAGGCAUGAAAUACUUACACAGCCAGGACAUUAGCCAUGGGCGCCUGAAGUCUCGCAACUGUGUGGUGGAUGGACGGUUUGUGUUGAAAAUCACUGAUUAUGGCUACGGAGAGCUAAUGGCAGCCCAGGGCGUCUCCCAGCAUCAGGCCUCUGCAGAAGGAUUGCUCUGGACCGCUCCUGAAUUACUGAGAGAGCCCGACGUGAACCCCAAAGGCACCUUGCAAGGCGACGUGUUUAGUUUUGCCAUUAUUCUGCAAGAAGUGAUUCUCCGAGGGCCUCCCUAUUGUACGAUGGAACUGACAGCUGAAGAGAUUAUAAGCAAACUGAAGCAACCCCUGACGAUGUUUCGUCCAAGUGUCCCGCUGGAAAAUACCCCUCUGGAAUAUAUCCAGCUGAUGACGCAGUGCUGGAGUGAAGUGCCCAGAAGAAGGCCGACGUUUGACAAGAUCUUUGAACAGUUCAAAACCAUCAACAAAGGAAAACGGACGAACAUCGUGGACUCCAUGUUGCGGAUGCUAGAAAACUAUUCCAGCAACCUGGAAGAAUUAAUCAGAGAGAGAACGGAAGAAUUGGAGGUGGAAAAACAGAAGACGGACAGACUGUUGUCUCAAAUGCUUCCGUCGCCAGUGGCCGAAACGCUGAUCAGGGGAGCAUCCGUGGAGCCGGAAUACUUCGAUGAGGUCACCAUCUACUUCAGCGACAUUAUCAGCUUCACUACCAUGUCUGCCCUCUGUGAGCCUAUUGAAAUCGUGGACCUUCUAAAUGACCUCUAUACACUCUUUGACGCCAUCAUCGGCCAUCAUGAUGUUUAUAAGGUGGAGACCAUCGGUGACGCUUAUAUGGUGGCAUCAGGGCUCCCGAAACGCAACGGCCACAGGCAUGCCGCUGAGAUUGCCAACAUGUCCUUGGAUAUCCUGAGCUCGGUGGGAGCCUUCAGAGUGAAACAUAUCCCGGAUUUGCCGGUGAAGAUAAGGAUGGGGCUACAUUCAGGCCCCUGUGCUGCAGGAGUGGUGGGCCUCACCAUGCCCAGGUACUGCCUGUUUGGAGACACAGUGAAUACGGCUUCCCGAAUAGAAUCUACAGGAUUGCCCUACAGGAUUCACAUCAGCCAAAAUACUAUGAGGAUCCUUCACAAUCUUAAAGAAGGUUACAAAAUGAACUUCAGAGGGAAGACAGAAUUGAAGGGCAAAGGGCUGGAAGACACCUACUGGUUAGUAGGAAAAAGAGGAUUCACGAAAACCCUCCCUCGACCUCCAGAAAUAAAAGCUGGCCAACCCUGGCAAGAAAUAAUCACCCGAGAAAUUAAAGCUGCCAUGAAGAUCUCCAAGAGGAAGUUCACGGACCAGCAGAUCCGAGAGCUGUAAAAUGGGUGCAGAGAGGAGGACCGACUUGCCCACCCUCCAAA